CUAGACCCGGUCUAGUAUAGUUUGACCGGUCAAAUAAUUUACACCAUCAUUUUUGGCGCCGACCGUGGGACCGUUAAGGUUUCUUCUCCUAAACACAAACCUACCCACAAAAACACCACUCGAAAUGUCUUCCAGCCAACAGAUCAACGCUACUUCCGCUCAGGUGCGAGCCACCAAUGAGGGCGCCAGCAUCCCUGUGGCCGCUACCAUACCGGUCAUUUCAGCCCCGGUGAUGCCUUUGGGUCUGAGCUCUGUCCCGACGGCCAGCGUAAUCAGUCCCUUCGUGACCCCCGUCCCUUCCGCUGGACCGAGGGUAACGUUCCCACCAAGCAUGGCUCAGUUCAUGAAUGACCCAGCCAACCUCCAAGCCAUCCAGGGCUUCGGCCAGGUCAUGGCCAUGUGCCAGCAGAACGGGGGGAUGCCUUUCCUCCCUGGUAUAUUCCCAUUCGCCCUUCCAAGCGCGGGGACCAUGCCCCUACAAGCUCCGAUGGCGGUGACGUCGUUCCAGACGCCGAUGCCGCAACCAUCACCUUUCCAGCCCCAGCUGGUCAGCACCAUGGCCCCUGUCAACUUGGCCGGUGCACUUAACGCUGCAGGGCCGUCGCGUCCCCCACAUGCUACGGAUCCGCAGGUCACUCUUGACGGUCAUUGCGUCUCGAUUGAGAGCGAUGACGACGAGUGGGACAUCCCGAGGGCCCACAAAAAGAAGAAAGGAAAAAACAUCCGGCCAGCGACCUCCCGAAACUCCGCCUUCGAAAGGCUGGGGGAUAGGGAGGAAGGCCAGAGGAAGUCAGCCAAGCAGAGGCUGGGGCAGAGUGUUGCCCAUGUCAGCGCGUUCGCCCGGAUAGGCGAGGUGCGAGAGGCCGAGCCUGCCCGCACCCGGCGCUCCCGGUCUAACCGGCAGGAGCCAGCGAGAACGAGGGCCUCCCACCAAGAAGGGGAGGCAGAAAGCCAGCCCAGGUUACCAGUGGCGAACCGGUUAACCAUCCCAAACGACCGCGUCCAGCAGAUGGAGGCAAAGCUGGAAAGGCUGGAGAAGAAGGUCGGGGAGAAAAAUGACCGGGACAAACCCCUGGCAGGGUCCCCGUUCACCACAAGGGUCCAUCUGACACCUUUCCCGCGAAAGGUCAAGAUCGACGCCCCCAGAUUCACCGGGAAGGAAGAUCCGGAGAUCCACCUGGACUCCUUCAACCAGAGUGCGACCAUGAACGGUUGCACCGAUGAAGAAAAGUGUCUACUUUUCUUCCAGACCUUGAGGAACCGAGCCACUGAAUGGUUCAAUAAGCUUCGCCCGGGAAGCAUUGACUCGUUCAGUGAUUUGGCCUCAAAAUUCAAGGCCAAGUUCCAGGAGAAUUGUACUAAGAGGAAGAAGUUCACCUAUCUUAGUACAGCCGGGCAGAGGGAGUCUGAGAACCUCACUCAGUUCCUUACCCGGUGGAAGGAAGAGGUAGGCAAGGUGGAAGAGAUGGAUGACAAGACCGUCCUCUCCCUCCUCUUGAAUGGCUUGCGUGCUGGGGAACUAUACAAGGAGUUCUGCCGGAAACCCCCAGCCACGUACCAAGAGGCCUACCAUACUGCAUGGGAGUUUGCUGAAGCUGAAACCCAGCUCCGGGCAAAGAGAGAAGCUGAGCAUGGUCACAAGCCCAAGCCGGUGCAAGUCAAGAAGGAAGAAGCACCGGGACCUAGCCGGCCGAGGCACCACUAUGACCCGGUCAUCCGAGUGGUCAAUACAGAAGAAUGCCAAGAAGUCCGGAAAGCACCGGUCAUUCCUCCAGAAAACCCUACCGGUCAAGUAGGGCGGCAGUGGUCGGGCACCUAUUGUUCGUACCACAGGUCUGAUUCCCAUAACACCUCCGAAUGCAAGAGUGUUAAAGGGGUCAUCCGGCAGAUGAUCGACAGUGGAGAGCUGGGCAAAGAUUACUUGCAGAAAGCCCAGGAGAAGAGUCAUCAGUGGGUUAGGCCAACUGCCCCAGGGAAUGACCGGGACAAUGACCGGCGGAGGAAUAACCGGCCAAGGGAGCGGCAACCUGCCCCCGAAAAAGAACACAUCGGCAUGAUCUUCGGCGGACCCGAGGGUGGAGAUUCAGCCGCGCAGCGGAAGAACUGGGCGGAAUAUGAAGCUCUGGCUGGAGGGCUCAGACUUGCCCAAGCCCUGAAAAUCAGCCGGGUCAGUAUCAAAUCUGACUCUAGCCUGAUAGUAGGGCAGGUGACCGGUAACAUGGAAGCAAGGGAAGGACGCAUGGCACAAUACAAGGACCUUGUACUUGCCCUGUUGAAAGGCUUCGAAGAAUUCAGGAUCGCCCAAAUUCCCCGGGCAGAGAACGCGGAUGCAGACCUUCUCUCCAAAUUGACGCAGUAUGCUCCCGAGCAUGUUUCGAAACUUGCCCGGGUAGAGAUCCUUGACCGGUCAAGCAUCGAGAAAUUGGAAGUCGCCGCUAUAACUGCCGGAAGCCCGUUUGACCGGUCAAACUUGGUCGGGGCGGACGACCAUUGGAUGAGUGAUCUGAUGGAAUAUUUGAUGGAUGGGAGCUUGCCGGAGCAAGAUGACCGGGCAAGAAAAGUGAAGCUCGGGGCACUCCGAUUCCAGAUUCUUGAUGGAAAGCUGUAUAAAAGGGCAUUUGGGGGGCCACUCCUGAGAUGUCUAACCAACCGGGAAGCUGAGCGAGUCAUAGCGGAAGUCCACAAAGGCGUAUGCGCGGCGCAUCAAAUGUCCCAAAUGCAGGACGUGCCAAGUAUUCUAUAAGUAUCCCGGUAGACCAGCAACCUACUAUCACCCCGUAUCGAAUGUCAUCCCAUUCGCUAGGUUCGGGGUUGAUAU